CAGUAAUGGCUGCGCCCAGGUGAAAUAAUUACAGGUGUAAUAAUUACUGAAUAUUUCGUUUUUUUUUGUAAUUAAAAAACGAAUUUUGUCAAAUUUAUUGUUCCUUAUUAUCGUAGUACGCUAAAGAGUUUUAACAAAGCCGAGAUACCAACAUUCACAGGCAGUAAAAUAACCUGACACUCGCUUGGUUUUGUUUACAAAAUUUUUAAAGACGAAAAAGUACGGAAGUAUCAAAGUUCAGCCUAAUUUGGGUAACCAUUCCAGAUGUAAUCACAGCAGUUUCAUGUUAACAAUCCUGUGUAACAACUUUAUGAAAAAAUGCCUUCUAAAAAAGAGAGACUUGACAUGUUGGCGCGGGUGUGGAGUACCCCAACACCGUUUGACAUUGAUUUCUUUGACAAGGGAAACGAAGUCGUCAUAGUAUCGACAUAUAGGGAUAUAGUUCCAUGGUGGAUGAACAUAUUCAAAGUCAUGUAUCCAAAUGAUACAUUUAGGGAAAAGGAAGACAUCAUUAAAAUCAGUGUUGGACCAAAAGUAACAUUGAAACUAAACAAAAGAUCAGGAACUAUGAAAGUUUGUGGAAAAGAACAUUUGCUAUGGAUGACAAAUGAAUUUCCCAAUGUUUUAGAGACGGGAAAUGACGAGGUCGAAGAGUUGGCAGAUGCUUCAGACACGUCAGUUACACGAUUUUUACAACUCGACAAAAAUGUUGAGGAGGUUCAAGAUUUGAUUGACAUGAUACCAGAGGGCGGCGGAAUAAUGAUGCAUGACUUUAUCAUGAAGAUGUGGAAAAGCCUGAUUGAUGAUUGGCUGGGAUGUGGGGCCACCGUCUAUGUAGUCACCCCAAGGAUUGAUGAGGAGCGACUAUUUCAAAUGUUUCUUUUAAUGAUCAGGAAUAAGGGCACUGGAUUUCAUAUCACUUUGGUCACGCCCAGUAAGUCGCCAGAUAAUGUGAAGUUUAUCAAAGUGUUAAAUACUGCAAGACGAAUGAUGAAAAAGACUCGCACCCCAAGAACACAGAAGCGUCUUGUCUCAGACAUUAAAAUGCAUUGGGCAAUGUCAAAUUUAAGUGUGCACCAUGAAAACUUUUCAACCAAUUUCAUAGCUGGGUUCAAAGAUGAGGAGGCAGAAGUGUUAAGCACAACUGCACACUUCCACAAAGCACACUUCCACACAAACCAAAGGGAUAAUGUUAGUUACAACAAAAUUAGUACGGAUGAAUUGAGACGGAACUAUUUAUUCCCUCUUGGACUGAGUCCAGUAAAUUAUUGAGGGAGGGAGCAAGUCUGUGGAAGAAUUUACAUAUGUUUAGUGAAUAGUGAACACAAGAUAAUGCAAUCAAAUGUAAUAAUGGCAACUAUGAAUUUAGUUCUUUGUAGAUAAAUAACAUGUAAAUAAAAACUUACUGAUAAUCGAUGAAGUGUCAUUCUGACACAACAAAGAAUUCCAUGGUGAUGGAUUAAAAUUUUAUUUUUUCAAAAGAUGUAUAUUAUGUUUACAUACUGAUCAUAAUUCAUAUCAUAAGGCACGAUUUUCAAAGAUUGUAGAGAAAAUAUUCUACAUUGAAUUUAAAAAAUCAAAUAUAUUGAGUGAGUGUAGGUCCAAUACUGAAUUUAUUGAAGGAGUUGAAUAAAAUUAUAUUAUGCAAGCCUAUGACAAGCAAAAUAUAAUUUUAUUCAAUGAGUUCAAUAAAUUCAGUUAUGAACAUAUAUAAUACAUGUAUAAUAUUUCAUUUAUCACAUACCCAAAAUAAAAACUGUUUAAAUUGAAAAGUAACAUUUUUCAUUGACGUUCUUAUAGUAUAUCGCUAACAUUUAGCGUGUCUUAACGCUGUGUUUGUAUAACGUAAUGACGUCGCAUCAAAAUAUUUGCACGGCAGUGCAAUACCGAGUCGCAAAAGUGGCAGGGGUAUGUGAUAAAUACUUAUUACAAUUAUCUGCUGCACACAUAUUUACCUACUGUAAGUUUACUUAUAUAUAAUAUAAAUUAUGUUGAUGACACAAAGCUGCCCUACGCUUUAUGCACCAGUCAUUAAUGUAACCCACCACCAACCCUCUACCACUAUGGGAUCUAAAUACAUAUUGCUCUUAAAACAUUAAGACCUGAAAAAAGCUGGAUUGUGAAAUGGUAAAAUUCCUAAACAGUUCUCAAUGGUUGUCUAUUAAUCUUUUCUUUGCUAUUUUUGGGGCCAAAACAUUAUUCGGUUGCAAUUUCAAUGUGCCAUGUAAGAACAACAGCUAGGGAGGUUAAAAAACCAUUAAUCUACCCGAGGCACUAUAUAAACUACAAAGAAUG